AAAAGAGAUGGAGCAAGUGAUAGACGAUGUUCAUGCGAGCUGUAAUCCAUCAGCUGAGAGGGGAAGUAGCAAGCUGAACACAUCAGUGACACAAGAAAGACGCUCCCACAGAUACAAACAGGGACAACAAAUCAGAUGUAAAAGCCAUUCGGGCUCGUUUUCAGACUGGAGGUGUGUCUAUGGAAGGAAGUGCUCCAGCGCGUCCAAAAACUGCUGUUCACCCAACCCUAUCAGGUCCCAUGGUGCCAUCCAAAAAACCUGCGCUUGAGGUCAGCCUCUCAGGUGGUGCUCCUGCCUCUGCUUCUAACAUCACUAUCCCUAAAAAUAGCUACAUGAAGAACAUAGUGUCCAACAGCAGCGCUCCAGAGUUGUGGGAGUCUCCAAAGCCUAAAGCUCUAGUCAGCAGGUUUGAGAAUGCAAAUGCAAAUGAGGAUAGCAAACCCCCUUUUGCUAAACCCUUGAAACCAAAACCACCAGAUUCGAACCAGAACGGCGAACCAAAGCCGAAGAUACCAUUUCAGAAGCCGUUGAUAACAGAGGCCAAGAACACAUUCCCAAAGCCACCAUUGAUGACAAACAAACCUUUCAAGAUCCCCAAAACUGAGAACAAUGAAAGCACUUUGAAUGCCAGCCCUGCCCUUUCAAAAAUGCCUGCAGCUCCCAAACCGAAGAGUAAUUUCAACGCACUUCGGCAGCAGCCAGAAGAGAACAAGGAGGAGGAACAUUCGCAAAAAACAUUCUCACACUCAAAUUCAAGCUUUCGUACUGCCCAAAAUCUCUUCAAUAAAGCAGAAGAUGCAACAAAAGAUGAACCCAAAGCACAAAGCUCGAAAGAACCACAGGUGGCAGGUCCGGGGAUACUACGAAAGAAACCUAGCUACAAGGCCAAACCCUCUGGUCUAGACACUCAUUCAGUGAAAGAUGGUCCUUCAGCCCCCAAAAAGAACCCAUUACCUAACAGUCUUGCUCUCGGCAGUGCGCCAAGCAAACCUAACAGACCACCCAAAGUCAACCUUGAGAAAUUUAAGAAGGGUGUAGAACCUCCAGCUGAGGUCCCUGAAAUAAAGAAGGGAGGCCCUUUGCCUCCUCCUCCUCCAGCGGCACAUCCCAGUACCAAUUUAGCUCCGUCUUUGCCUCCACGACCUCCAGGGCCCAGAGUACAGGACGAUGAGGACUAUGAUGAUGUUGGUGAUUUGAAUGACUCGUUUGGAAAUGCAGGACGCCGAGACGAGGGAAGUGGAAGUGAUGGGGAGACGUAUGAGGAACUUGAUCAAUGGACUGCACCAGAAGUGAAGGAGCAAGAAAAGAAACGGGAAAAGGAAGAGAAAAAGCGAGCAGAGCAAGAAAAGAAAGACCAGAAGGAACGUGAAAAAAAAGAACAAGAGGCCAGAAAGAAAUUCAAAAUGUCAGGGCCCCUGCAAGUCAUCCAUAAAGUCAAAGCAAGGGUAGACUGUAAAGGUGGCAGGAAUGACCUCAGCUUUAAACAGGGCGACUCGAUUGACAUCCUCCGGAUUACAGACAACCCAGAGGGCCGAUGGCUGGGCAGGAAUCAAGAAGGGGCCUUCGGUUAUGUGAAGACUGAAUCGGUCCAGAUCGACUUUGAUGUUCUAAAGAAUCAAAGUAGGCCUCUGCCUGAAAAUGAUGGAGAUGUGUAUGAUGAUGUGGGGUCUCAGGAGGAUAGUAGGGGCAACAGUGGUCCAGGAGUCAUUCUGCCUCCACCACCCGAGGGACCGGAUGAUGUAUAUGAUGAUCUGGAUGAUUCCAGUCUUAAUGUCAGCAGCCGGGAGCCCGGGUCUCUCACCAAAGCACGCAGCUUCAUUCGGAUGCUAAAGACCCCCACUGACUGGAGAAAAAACCCUGUCAGCAUUAACGUGGUUCCUCCUCCUCCACAGUUCAGUCCAGAGGAUAACCAAGCCGAGGAAAUAUAUGAUGAUGUGGACACACCGCAGCCUCCCACCAGUAUGCCUCCUUCCAAACUGAAGCCGGUGAAACCUGAUGCUAAGCCUGAGGACCCGAAGAAGCAGAAGAAAUUUGAGAAAGAGGAGAAGGAAUUCAGGAAGAAGUUUAAGUUUGAUGGUGAGAUCCAGGUUAUGUAUCAAGUGACUAUAAUCAACAAUAAGAAAGGCAGUGGAAAGGAUUUGACAGUGCAGGCCGGCGAAAUCCUAGACGUCAUCAGCAACUCGGACAAUGACAAACUAAUCUGCAGGAACAAGGAUGGAAAAUUCGGAUAUGUCCCAAACAGUAACAUUCAGACUGAAGAUAAUGACAUCUAUGAUGACGUCGGUGAUGAUUGCAUCUAUGACAACGACAACUGAUUUGAAGAUCGCCAGCCUCCUGAUGGUGGACCUCAGCCCUGUUUAAAUGCCCCUUCUGACAUUUUAUCUGGAGUCAAUCCAGUCAUGUGACUCAAAGCCAGCAGGAGCUCCAUUUCAUCAGUGUACAGGAACAAUGUACACAGCAUCCCUUUUCUAUAUGUACCUGAUCAGCUGAAACGUUUGAUGUCCUGUCUGUUGGACUACAAAAUUAUUUCAAGGCUGCAUUGUGCACACUUCAUUUGCCUGAUUUUUUUUCUUGGUGGUAAAGUAUUUACAGAUAACAAGGAAACCCAGUGUGCUACUAUUUCUUUUCUUUUGGUCAAAAAAAUAAUAAUUAUAAUAAACAUAUGCAGCUGUAGAACAUUUGUACCACUUUAUUUAUGUAAGAGGCAGUAUUUUGUCUUUUUUUUCUGCUGUUAUAUUGUCAGGGUUUCUUUUGUAAUCUUAAGUUUAAUAAAGAAUUCCAUUAAAAGUUA